AGUUUAUUAAACACAUCAACGUUAUCUGAAAAUUUUAAGUAGUAAAGUUAAACUUAUAAUCUUAAAAACAAAUAUCUCAACAGAUAUACCAACAGAAAUACUGGAUUUUGUAUCAUUUUAUUUCCGUUAGUAUCUAAUAUUUUGCUGUCUAACAAAUUGAAAAUAUAACGCACAACAUUUGGAAAUGGAAAAAAAAAAACUGUUCAAAACUUGAUACUGAGCGAGAAUGAAUUGAUUAAAAUAUUCUUUUGUAGGGGUAAUGUUGCUAAGCGUUUUUUUUUUAUUUAUAUAAAAUCGAUUUUAAACUCUUUGUGAGUUAUGUAAUAUUUCAUAGAAUGAAAGCAAAUCUCUUCUGAUAAAUCUAAACUGCUCAGGAUAGCACAUUCAUAUGUCAUUACACAUUAUGAAUGAUAAAUGAAUUUUACUUUAUUAAACAAUUGGUAUUAUAGGAAAUAUAAUGGUUGUAUGAAUUGAAAACGUGAAAUAGAACUUUAGAAAAUGACAGACGAAACGGACGCUACAAGAGUUAAAGAAAAUUUAGAAAUGGAAUCUAAAAUUUUGCAAGAAAAUGAUUUUUUAUCUAGCAACAGCACUCAGAUAAUAUACGUAGAACCAAUUGGAGACGAAAAUGAAGUAUCACCGACACUAGAUGAAAAUUUAGAAGUGGAAGUGGAAGAAGCUCAAGAACCGGAACAGAAAAUACCAGACGAUCCUUCUGAUACCUCUGAAACACAACAGUAUGUGAUAAGUGAUGUAGAAGAUAUCGAAAAUACACCAAGUGAUUCAGAAAGUUCAGAAUUCUGUGACUGGGAUAGUCCUGCAAAGCAAGGAACAGUAAACAGCGAUGAACACAGUUUUAGAGAAGAGAACAAUAAACUAAGUGCUUCGAAAAUAACCGUUCGCUCAUUUUCACCCAAACAGGAGUCAUUGAAUGUACCAGCUUAUCCAACGCUACUGAAAGAUGAUGGACGAGAGUCGGCUGCAUCAAAUGUCCGCAUGGGUUCGAAACUCUCACUUUUGUCACAAAUUCCGCAGCGGUCUGCGCAGCUAGAUUUUGAUUUUACAGCUGUACAGAUGCCAGUAGUUGAGAAAAAGGAGGUUCCCAUAUAUGAAGAUUCGUGGAUUAGGAUAGCAAUACCGUAUCUACCGCUGUGGGUAGCUGUUCUCUGUCUUGUGCUCAACAUUUUGAUAUCUGGAUCAGGUACAAUCUUAAGCGGAUUUUGUAUUCUCUGUUGUGCAAAGCCGCGUGUACCGCCAAAGUAUGACCCAGACCCUGUACUUCUUAUAUGUGCGAACACAUGGGUGGGUUUAGCACAGCUUUUCACAGUUACCUUUUUGCUGGUGGGAUGGUUCUGGAGUAUCGCCUGGGGGAUCCGGAUGGUCAUUCUCUCCUUGGAACACCGACGUGAACGAGAAGAACUAUUGAAAACACAGGCAGUAAGUGCGUUCAAACACUCUUUGGCGAUCAACAAGCUUUAUUAGCUGAAAAUUCUUUGCAUUUCCGGCAGUGUUAAAUCCGUAAGACAGUUGCAUUUUUUUGACGUAAAAUGUGAAUACCUUGUCUGCAUGACUAUGUAUGUCAGAUUUGCACGGUUUGAAGUUUGAAAUAAUUUACUUUUGAAACAGAUUAUCCCAGUGUAUAAAAACAUGAGGUCUGAUUAACCAGGUUUAUUUAGGUAAUUGAUUAUGGCGCAAACUCGCAGAUAGGAGGUUUCCAGGAAAAUGUAUAUAGAAACGUAUUUUGCGCACGAAAUGCCUUGCAUGUCGGAUCUGAUUGGAACACCCACAGAAAAAUUUAACAUAUUUCAUUAAAGAAAAUUUACUGCAGAAAAAAAUAACAUUGUACAUUUUUCCCAUCGGGAAAGUGACUUUAAUUUACAUGGUCUAUUACAUUCAGUUUGCUGUUAGACAUAUAGAUGUUACCAAUAUUUUAAUGUGUCUAUCUUCGUGAUAAAUGGACCCUGUCGUUCUUUGCAAAACAAGAGCAUAUGUAUUUUCUAAGCUUUAUGGAAAAAGGUUAUUUGUAAAAGUUUUUUUUUCUAUUAUUGAUAUUCAUUAUAAAUAUGUUUUGUUGAUGGCCGAAAAAAAAGUAUUCCAACGUACUUUACAGAAAACUACGCGUAUUGUACUAUAGAUAAGGAAAUACCCACACCUUAUUUUAUUCUAUUCGAUCAUACUGACCUCACUUAAAUUAAAUAAAAAAAAUGUAGUUGAUAUGGAAAUAAAACAUAUUUUGGCUUCAAAAUACUGUCAUUUAUCAUUAUGCCAGGUUUCAUGAAAAUAAUAUAUUUUGUACUUUUAAAAUUAUCGCAGGAUCUCGGUUUUUAUGACGGAUGAACUGACGGGCAGCCGGACGGCAUGCCAGUCCCCUCCGGUGAAUUUAAUAAAAUCACAGUGAUUGGUCAAGUUCACUGUCUAAUCCAAG